UGUAGUAGGACAAAAAUUCCCAUCGUCAUGAGUCAUGACACUGUUGUGAUUGUUUGGGAGUGAGUUUACUACUGCUCUGCCCAUCUUCGUCUAGUAUCUCUAUCUGGAUUUUCCCUUUCAAGAAUUCAAGCAAUUGCGUCGACGAAACAAUGGCCACCGCCGGAGUACGACGUUUGAGAUCGCUGCUGGAACUACAAAAGUGCGGCUGCCGCCGAUUCUGCUUCUCUCUUACACGCCGCUUUUCUUCAUCCAGCCCCACCUCUCAUCUCUUUGAAAAGAUCGGAUUUAUAGGGCUAGGGAAUAUGGGAUCAAGGAUGGCUGAUAAUUUGAUUAAGGCUGGAUACGAUGUUGCCGUUCAUGACAUCAACCAUGAUGUAAUGAAGAGUUUUUCUAACAAAGGAAUUCCCACAAAAGGAUCACCUGUUGAAAUUGCAGAAGCCAGUGAUGUUGUAAUUACAAUGUUGCCAUCAUCAAACCAUGUACUUGAUGUCUAUACUGGACCAAAUGGUUUGCUAAUGGGUGGAAAUUCAGUUAGACCAUGGCUAUUUAUAGAUUCUUCUACAAUUGACCCACAAACAUCAAGGAAUGUCUUUGGGGCUGUCUCUGCCUGCUCUUUGAGAGAGACGAAAGUUGGCCAGGAGGCUCCUUCCAUGCUGGAUGCUCCUGUGUCUGGUGGUGUUCUUGCAGCAGAGACUGGAAGUCUUACUUUCAUGGUUGGUGGCUCAGAAGAAGCUUACAUAGCUGCAAAUCCCUUGUUUCUGUCAAUGGGCAAAAACUCAAUUUAUUGUGGUGGAUCGGGAAAUGGUUCAACAGCAAAAAUUUGCAACAACUUGGCAAUGGCUGUAAGUAUGCUUGGGGUAUCAGAAGCCUUUGCCCUUGGUCAGUCACAAGGGAUUGCAUCAAGUACUCUAACAAAAGUAUUUAAUUCUUCAAGUGCUCGCUGUUGGAGCAGUGACACAUAUAAUCCUGUGCCUGGUGUAAUGGAUGGGGUGCCAUCUUCAAGGAAUUAUGAAGGAGGCUUCAUGUCCAAGUUGAUGCUUAAAGACCUAAAGCUUGCUCAAACAUCAGCUAAAAAUGUAGACCUAAGAUGCCCUUUAACAUCACAAGCAGAGGAGAUAUAUGCAAAGCUCUGCAAUGAUGGUUAUGAGGCCAAAGACUUCUCCUGUGUUUUCCGGUAUUAUUAUUCUGGAAAGGAUGAGCAGUAAACUACGAGAAAUUGCUUUAAGUAGCUAAACAAGUUAAGAUCUUCUGGCAUUGGAUCUGGAAAAGGGGGGCUCAGGAUUGAUUGUUUUCGAAGUAAAUGUUCCUCUAUUCUUGUAUUCAUAUGCAAUGCACAUUCAUACUAGUAAAUGUUUGAAGUAAUUGUUCUUACAUUUGUGUUUAUACUUAACCAAAUAACAACAUUAUUUGUCCUCUAAAGCUCUCAUAAUACAUUGUUGUCAGCUGUCAGGUAUUCAGGUUCAUCAGAACUAGGAUAAGAUGUUUAUCAAUAAUAUAGUUAGUUUAUCAGUCAA